AUGUUGAGUUGUUCGAAAACAAUCCUAAGCUUUUUCUUCUUAUUUUUGCAGUUUAAUAGAUUUUCGACUGCAUUCGGGGCAAAUGAAGAACUAAAUAUUUUAGAUCACAAUAUAAUGUUGGUUAAUACUAAUGCGACAGUUCCUAAAGUGGAAAAAAUCAAUUUUGAAGCGACUCCUCCAGCAAAACAAACUAAAAUAGAAGACGAUUGUAAAAAGGGCUUAUAUCAUAUUGAAAAUGCUGCCAGUUUAAACGAGUUGCAAUCAAAAUGUUGGAAGGUCAUGGGAAGCAUUGAAGUAUCGAGUAACUUUAGUGAAUCUCUUGUUGAUUUGGGUUCAAUAAAAGAGAUAGAGGGGGAUCUGAUAAUCAAAAAUAAUAAACAUGUAUUCAGAAUUCAAGGUUACAAUUUAGAAUCCUUACGAAAACUGGAAUUGCAUAGUUUAACUUCCUUUGUGUCCUUAGACUUACCUGCUUUAAGAGAGGUUGAAACGGUGGAUUGGAGAGUUUUGCCCAUUCUAAGUAGUGUUGUCAUCAAUGGGAAUAUUAAAAAGGCCAAGGGCAUAAUAAUAUCUGACACCGCAUUGACUUCUAUUGAUUAUUUCAAUAAUGUCAAGGAGGUGGACAUCUUCAAUAUUAACAAUAACAGAUACUUGGAAACUUUGUCCACAAAGUUAGAAAGUGUUACCAAACAACUAAGUGUUCAUUCUAAUGCCAAAGAACUGCAACUUGAUUUGAGUAAUCUAUACACUGUUGAAAACAUGACCGUGAAAGAUGUUUCAGCCAUUAAAGUGGCCAAACUUUCCUCAGUUAAUAGUUCCCUAGAGUUCAUUGAGAACCAAUUUUCAAGCCUGGAACUCCCUCUUUUAGCAAAGGUUCAAGGAACGUUGGGUUUGAUAGAUAAUAAAAACUUAAAAAAGCUCGAUUUUUCAAACGUGACCGAUAUUCAGGGAGGGUUCAUGAUUGCUAACAAUACUGAGCUGGUUAAAUUUGAUUUCUUUCCCAAAUUAAGGCAAAUUGGUGGCGCUAUCUAUUUUGAAGGUAGCUUUGAAAAAAUUGAUUUCCCAGAGCUAAAGUUGGUGAAAGGCAGCGCUUAUAUCAAGAGUUCAUCUGAUGAAUUAAACUGUGAAGAUUUUACAACGCCAAAAAGUGGCCGCUCAAUCAUAAGAGGUGGGAAAAUCGAAUGUACAUCUGGUAUGAGAAGUAAAAUGUUGAACGUUGACGAGGAUGGGAACGUGCUAGGUAAACAGGAAUCGGAUAACAGCUCUGAAAAAAAAGAAAAAGGCAGAAACGGUACUAAGAACCAAGGAAGUUCAAAAAAGAUGGAAAAUAGUGCUCCAAAGAAUAUCUUCAUUGACGCUUUCAAAACAUCAAUUUAUACUGUUUUAACAGUAUUAUUCGCAACAGUUUUCUAG